AUGAGUCCAACUGAGCUUCGCGGUUGGCUCGAAGAAGAGCAAUCACAGACAUCGGGUUGGGUGAGCAGUUCAGGGGAGACUAUUGGUCAUGAAAGGUCAGUCAGUACUCCAUCCAUUGGUCGCCCUCGGUCGGAGAAUUCCAGCGCCUGGCAAAUAGAAACGAGAGCUAAAGAUGGUGAUAGUGGCCGACGGAUUGUGCGGAUCCUCGAGCACAAUCCCACUGCGAACCCGUCCGACUAUAGCGAUCAAGACAUUGACCACAUGCGUCGCGUGGUCUCAUACUGCAAGCGCCAUCUAGCACAAGAGGAGCAAGCCAAGCACGACACAAGUAGCAAGAGUUAUCGAUCGCUCAAAAACUGGGGUCAUGAUGCACUCAAAGAGUAG